AUGGCAACUGCUGCAGUGCGAUCUGCUGGAGAGGAGUUUAUGGCUUCAUAUCUUGCAAAAGAUCGCGGCAAAGAUGGCCGCUUUUUUACAAGCCGUAUUCCAAAACAAGCUGCUUAUGGAUCACUUGUUCACAUCCCUAUCACCAACUGGCUGCUCAAAGGGACUCGACAUAUAUUUCGUGACCGAACAACCCCCGCUUCCAGACUCCUUGCUAUCCUGUUUGGCCUGUUAGUGGUCGCUACAGUCCAGAAGAUCAUGUUUUUUAUGGCGGCGGCCGUCAUAGCCGGUGCUAGAACCUGGAAUCAGAUACGAGCUACCGUGCGCGCAGGGCUAUAUCCGCUCAUGAAAGUCAUACUGCUUGCGUCUCCCAUCGCCGCUGCCUUUGCAUCCAAUUUUCUCCCAGAGAGAGCUUGGCCCAACUUCUUUGAAAUCGUAAACUUGGCGCUAAAUACUUACGGUAAUGCUUCUGUCAAGAAGAUAAGACUUGCAGCUCUCAGGAAAAGGUACUUCGGCCACACAGCUGCCAAGAAAGAGGAAGAAGAUGAAUCAGAUGCAAGCUCAACAGCUUCUAUACGGCCAACCCAUUCACCAAAUUCUCCUGACGAUCCAGUUGUGCGGCAGGCAGACGUUGUGUCGUCUGGAGGCAUUUUUGGUCCACAAGCUCCUCUACGAGCACCUCAGCGGCCGUUGAAGUGCCCUAGACCAAGCUAUUCUAGUGAUUCAGCCACAGAUGAAGAAGAGAAUGACUCAGACGCGAGCAUGGUUGUUAUGACAUCUCCUUAUCGGCGAUCCUAUAGGCGAAAACGUUAUAGUGGUUCAGUUGCAGAAAGAGGAGGUGAUGGGUCGGACACAGGUCGACCUGGAAUAGCUGCUGAGCCAAUUACUGCACGAACUCCUUAUAGUGUAGAUUCUUGGGAGACGCUUAAUAUGAGGAAUGAUUCUAUCGAUAUAGACAGAGAGGAGAAGGGAGGGAGAUCUGAGAUAGACUCGGACACGAGUUUAGAUUCAUCAACUUGUAAGACGGGCCUGUAUAGAAGACGACGGAUUCGGCGGUGAGGAAGAGAGGGACUCAAAUACAAGCUCA